ACGAUUCAAUCACUCUAACCUAACAAAUACGAAUUUUGUUUUUUGCAUUUCUUCUUCAUUUCUAAUGAUAAAAUGGUGUUUUAUUUUGAAAGCAGCGUAGUUUCACCUCCAGCCCUACUAUUUAUGGGACUUGACAAAUAUGAAAAUGAAGACUUGAUAAAAUGGGGUUGGCCUGAAGACGUGUGGUUCCAUGUUGAUAAAGUGUCUUCAGCACACGUUUACCUAAGACUACGACCUGGUCAGACAAUUGAUGAUAUUCCCUCUUCAGUUUUGGAAGACGCUGCUCAACUAGUAAAAGCCAACAGUAUAAUGGGAAACAAAAUGAACGAUAUUGAAGUUGUUUACACCAUGUGGAAUAACUUGAAAAAGACGCCUGCCAUGGAAGUGGGUCAAGUUGGUUUCCAUAAAGAAAAGGAAGUGAGAAAAAUUAAAGUAGCAAAAAGAGUCAAUGAAAUUGUCAACAGACUGAAUAAAACGAAAAGAGAGGAACACCCAGAUUUUAGAGCUGAAAGAGAAAAGAGAGACAGACUAGAAAGGGAGGACAAAAAGAAGGUAUUAAGGGAGCAGAAAGAAAGAGAAAAAGAGGACGAAAAACGGAAAAAGGAAGAGGCAGAAUUAAAAAGCUACAAUUCUUUGAUGAGUACUGAAAAUAUGUCCAAGUAUGAUGAUGGGAACGAUUCUGACGACUUUAUGUAAACUGGUAACACUCCAUGUAAAUAAGAUAUUUCCCGUUCUUUUUUUCUAUUUAUUGUAUAAAAUAAAAAAAUAAUACUUAUAAA